AUGACGAAUAGUGUCAAUGAUAUGCUGCAACCACCGGAUAUAAACUACCAUUCUGAAAUAGCACCAAGUUUCUGGUUCUCCACAAGUAGUGACAUUGUCGCUGGUGGAACGGAAACUACCUAUACCGUGCUAGAAUGGGCAAUGACAGAGCUUUUAAGGCACCCAAAAGCGAUGAAGGAUCUACAAACGGAGGUGAGAGGAAUUGCUGGUGGCAGACCAGAGAUCACUGAUGAGGAUUUGGAAAAGAUGAAGUAUUUGAAAUCAGUGCUUAAAGAAACACUGCGUUUAUAUCUGCCGAUACCCUUACUGGUCCCGCGCCAGGCAAUCGACGACGCUAAAGUAAUGGACUUUGACAUUUCAGCUGGAACUGUGAUCAUUACCAAUGCUUUUGCCAUUGGAAGACACCCUUCAUUCUGGGAAGAACCAGAUGAGUUUAGGCCUGAGAUUCUUGAAUUCUGGCAUUGA